AUGUCUGCACAAACGCUCGAAGUCCACGGCAAGAAGAUCUCCCUCCCCACCGGCCUCUUCAUCGGCGGCGAAUUUAAAAAAGCUCGAGAGGGCAGGACGUUCCCGAUCGAGAACCCAGCCACUGGGAAAGAGAUCAUUCAAGUGCAAGAAGGGCAAGCAGAAGAUGUGGACGAUGCAGUUGCUGCUGCGAGAAAGACGUUCAAGUCGAAAGAGUAUGAGGAGUUCGGCGCAGUCAACCGUGCCAAGUGCAUGAUCAAGUUGGCAGAUCUUAUGGAAGAGCACUUUGAGGAGUUGGUCACGUUAGAGAUGGUGGAUACUGGUAAGACGAGACAUCAGGCUUCGAAUCUGGAUGUGCCUGCGAGCAUUGGUACGCUUCGAUACUAUGCUGGCUGGGCGGACAAAAUUCUUGGACAGUCCAACUCUGAUAUUCCCAAGGUGUUUGGAUAUACGAGACGGGAGCCUGUUGGUGUUUGUGGACAGAUCAUUCCUUGGAACUUUCCAUUGCUGAUGUUCACCUGGAAGAUCGCCCCAGCUUUCGCAACAGGAAAUACGGUCGUGAUCAAGAGUGCCGAAACCACGCCUCUCAACGCUCUCAAAAUGUGCGAAUUGAUUCAAAAGGCGGGCUUCCCUGCAGGUUCAGUCAACCUUGUGAGCGGAUAUGGCAAGACAGUGGGAGCUGCGAUUGCACAACACAUGGACGUUGACAAGGUGGCUUUCACUGGUUCGACAGCUACUGGCCGCAACAUUCUUCGAGCAGCUGCCAACUCCAACCUGAAGAAAGUCACACUCGAAUUGGGAGGCAAGAGCCCGAACAUCGUCUUCCCAGAUGCAGAUCUCGAAAAGGCUGUGGACUGGAGUGUAUGGGGCAUCCACAUGAACUUUGGCCAAACCUGUCACGCAGGCACACGCAUCUACGUCCACGAAGACAUCUACGACAAGUUUCUCGAAGCAUACACCACGAAAAUGAAAGCCAUCCAAGUCGGCGACAACUUCGGCGAAGGCGUCUCCCAAGGCCCCCAACAAAGUAAAAUGCAAUACGAAAAGAUCCAAAGCUACCUCAAAGCCGGCAAAGACGAGGGCGCCACCGUCCACCUCGGCGGCAAGGCGAAGGAUUUGGGGAAUGAAGGGUACUAUAUCGAGCCCACAAUCUUCACAGACGUGACACCCAACAUGAAGAUCGUGAAAGAAGAGAUUUUCGGCCCAGUCGUGGUCGUCGCUAAGUUCAAGUCCGAGGAGGAGGUCAUCGAGCUCGCCAACGACACCACGUACGGACUCGCAGCUGGGAUCCACACAAAGGACUACGAGCGUGCAGUGAGAGUGACUUCGGCGCUGAAGGCUGGCACGACUUGGGUGAACAUGUUCAACUUCGUGCACUGGUCGAUGCCCUUCGGCGGCUACAAGGAGUCGGGCAUCGGAAGAGAAUGCGGCGAUGCAGCGCUGGAGAACUACACCGAGACCAAGACGGUGUACUGGAAUAUGGGCAUGCCGCCGCCAACGGACGGAUCGAAGUAG